UGUAUCCCACAGUGGAGCUUCUCUCGCCCGACGGCGCCACGCGAUGUAACGGAUCGGAGGAGCGCGUCUUGGGGGGCCUCGUGGAAGGCAGAUCUCUGCUGGGGGUCCCCCCCUCUAGGACGAUGCCCGUUCACCCUGCGGGCGGCUCGCGAUGGACAGGCCAUGCUGAUUCUGGUGCGUCGUUUCGUCGUGGACCCGGACAACUGCACGCAGAACGCGCUCGAGAUCUACGAAGGGCGAGCCGACAGCGGCAGCAGCAACAGCAGCGGCAACAGCAGCGGCCCUCUGGCGCGCGUCUGCAGCGAGCACGUGGGAGGAGCAGCCACCCCCAGGACCAUCAUCGCGUCGAGCGGCAGUGAGCUCACGGUCUCGCUGCUGCUGAUGAGCAGCAACGCCACGAACCUCAACAUCAGCGUGGCCUUCAGCGCAUUCACGGCCGGCGUUGGCUGCCUGGCGGAUGAGUUUGCGUGCACCAACGGGCGAUGCGUGAGCGUGACGUUGCUCUGCGCCGGGGUCGACUUCUGUGGGGACGACUCCAACAAUGCGGCCCCGUCCUGCCACGUCAAUGCCUCCAUGGGAGGCAGCAGCAGCAGCAGCAUGGCUCCCCUUGGCUCCGUGGGCUCCACCUCACCCUCAUCGAGUCUCCUGCUGCCUGUGGGCGUGACGCUUGCCCUACUGCUGCUCCUGCUGCUGCUGGCUGGGCUGCUGUGCCGCAGCAGUCGUGGCUGCGUGGCUGCUCGCCUGUGUCGCUGCUGCUGCAGCGGCUGCGUAGCCGGCACCGCGAGCCUCUGUCUCGCCGGGCCGCUCUGCGUGGCGCGGGGACGGAUCAGGAGGAGACGGAGCGUGAGAUCGGCCCGGAGCGGUGGGGUUGGGGGUGGUGGGGUGGUGUUGCCACAGCGGGGCCUGCACACGUGUAGAUGGAGGAGGAUGAGUUCGUGGUUGUCGGGAGAUGUUGGGUUUGAUUGACUCAUGAUUCAUAAUAUAGGUUCUAGAUUUGAAGCUUUCGUGACUGCAAGGAUUCAUACUCGGUAAAGUCACGUAGGUGAUGCAUCAAGAUGCAUCAAGAUGCAUCAAGAUGCAGUAAUUUUAGCUGUGACGGUCCCACCUGAUGACGGUGACUUGUGUUGCCUCCGAAACGUCGUGAUUUAUUAUUUUAUUUUAUUUCCAUUAUUAACUUUUAAUUUUAUUUUUGACCUACGUGACUUUACCGAAAAAACCUCAGAGUCAUAAUAUAGGUGUUUGGGUCAGAUCGCGUUAUUUAUAAAUGUGUCGUAACCCUCCACCACCCGACACGGCCAAUCAGUAAAAAAUGUGUCACGUUCUCCAAGGGACAAAUAAUUCACUUUUUUAGCCCACCGGUGUGCUGUAGAGAGAAUCAACAGCAUUUAAAAAUUUGAGCCUCCGUGUUAAAUUGACUCAUGAUUGAUGAUGACACAGAUCAUAAUGGGUGGUGGUGAUUGGAUGAUAAUGAUGAUAUUAAUGAUUGGUGAUGAUGGUGAGGAUGACCGAUUAAUUAUAACACAGAUGGAAAUGGGUGGUGGUGAUGGUUGUGGGGAGCGGUAGUGUAGUGGUUAGCGCUUUGUGGGGAG